UGGCACAUGAUGGGCGGCAGCCAAUGGCGGCGCCGCUCGCGAGGGGCCCCGCGCGCGCGCCCCGGCCACACAAAAGCCGGCGAGGGGCGGGCGGGCGCGAGCGGGCGGCGGCGGCGGCCCCGGGAGCCGCGCACGGACCCGCCGGACCGGGGCCGCGCCCUGCGAUGCGGACAAGGGACGCGCUGACAACCGGCUGCGCUGCGGGCUCUGCUGCUGCUGCUUCUUCGCCUUGCUGAUUUAAUUUUUUUUUUCCUUAAUUUUUUUUUUUAAUACUUUUUUUUUUUUUUUUAAAUACUAUUUUUGGCCGAAGGGAUCCGACGCCUCCGAGCGGCCCCCGGCGCCGGUUCCCCGCCGGGCGGCACCCCCCGCGCCGGGCGCGCUUCCCCGCUCCUCUCCCCGCCUUGUAUGGUGGAGCGGCCGCGGGGCGCAGCCGAGCGCUGCCCCGGGCUCCCCCCGGCGCUCGCCCCCGCCGCUCCCCGCCCGGCCCCGCGUUGGCAGCCGAUGUAGGGCACGGCGCGGCGCGCCCGAGCCCCAGCGCCGCCACGGGAGCGGCCCCCGCGGCGCCGUCUAUGCCCGCGCCGCCCCGCCGCCCCCCCCAUGGUGCGGCCCCGCCGCGGGCCGUCCGAGAUCCGCUGGGCAGCAGCGCCGCGGGGAGUCCGGGCUGCGCCGGGGCUGCGAUGAGAUAGAGCCGGCGGCGGAGCGAGGAGCCCCGCGGAGGAGGGCGGGGGGCGGCCGAGAGCGACGCGACCCCCCGGCCGCCCGCGGGUCGUAUGUUCAGGUCCAAACGCUCAGGGCUGGUGCGGCGACUUUGGAGGAGCCGCGUCAUUCCGGACAGGGACGGCGGAGAUGGGAGCGCCAGGAGCGGCCACGACCUCGGAGCCACCGGCAGCUGCAAGCUCGCGGAGAAAAGCGCCUCGGCGGAGCUCCGCGCGGUAGCGCGCAGCCUGCUGCUGCGGGAGGCGGAGGAGCGGCGCGGGGCGGCGGGCGAGGCGGCGCCGCGCGGGGACCCCAUGGCGGAGCGGCGCGGGGCCCGGCUCCGCACCCCCGGCUCCGCAGCGGAGAGCGACGGCCGCACCGUGACCUGCUGCCUCUUCUCGGAGCGGGAGCCGGGCGGACCCCAGCCUCCCCCCGCCGCCGCCGCCGCCCCCGGCCCCGACGGCGCGGCCGACGGCGGCUCCCCGGAGCGGCGGGGCCGGGAGGCGCGGGCGCGGCUGCUGCUGCUGGAGCAGGAGCUGAAGGCCGUCACCUACUCGCUGCUGAAGCGGCUGAAGGAGCGCUCGCUGGACAGCCUGCUGGAGGCGGUGGAGUCCCGCGGGGGGAUGCCCGGCGGCUGCGUGCUGGUGGCCCGCACCGAGGUGCGCCUGGGGGGGCUGGCGGCGCCCCCGCACCUCCUCCUGGGCAAGCUGUUCCGCUGGCCCGACCUGCAGCACCCCGCCGAGCUGAAGCCCCUCUGCGAGUGCCAGAGCUUCGGCGUGGCCGACGGACCCACGGUCUGCUGCAACCCCUACCACUUCAGCCGCCUCUGUGGGCCAGAGUCUCCACCACCUCCCUACUCUCGGCUGUCUCCUAAUGAUGAGCAAAAGCCACUGGAUCUAUCAGAUUCCACGUUGUCUUACACUGAAACAGAGGCUACAAACUCUCCCAACGUCACGCCCGGAGAUUUCUCAGACGCCAGCACGUCGCCCGACGCCGCGAAGAGGAGCCAUUGGUGCAACGUGGCCUACUGGGAGCACCGGACGCGCGUGGGCCGUCUGUACACAGUGUACGAACAGUCUGUCAGUAUCUUCUACGACCUACCUCAAGGAAACGGCUUCUGCCUGGGACAGCUCAACCUGGACAACAGGAGCGAGACUGUGAGAAGGACUCGGAGUAAAAUCGGCUACGGGAUUUUGCUGAGCAAGGAGCCGGACGGGGUGUGGGCCUACAACCGCAGCGAGCACCCCAUCUUCGUCAACUCGCCCACGCUGGACAUGCCCAGCUGCAGGACGCUGGUGGUGCGCAAGGUGAUGCCGGGCUACUCCAUCAAGGUGUUCGACUACGACAAGUCCUGCCUGCUGCAGCACACGGCCGAGCUGGAUUACACCGACGGGCCCUACGACCCCAACAGCGUCAGGAUCAGCUUUGCCAAGGGUUGGGGGCCUUGUUAUUCCAGGCAGUUCAUCACCUCGUGUCCGUGUUGGCUGGAGAUCCUGCUCAGCAACAACCGAUGAAAGAACGACAGAAAAAAAAAAAAAAAAAAAACCAACGCGCGCGCGAAAAUUUUUAAAAAAAAAAAAAAGAAAAAAAAAAAAAAAAAGACACAGACUAUCCCAAAUAUCAUCUACCUAGAUUUAAUAUAAAGUUUUAUAUAUUAUAUGAAAAUAUAUAUUAUACUUGUAAUUAUGGAGUCAUUUUUACAAUGUAAUUAUUUAUGUAUGGUGCAAUGUGUAUAUGGACAAAAAACAGAAAAUGCACUUUGGCUUAUAUAAUUCUUUCAAUACAGAUUUUUAAAAAAAAAAAGAAAAAAAAAACAAAAAUUAUACAGCAAAAAUAGGAGAAAGCCCUAAUUUUGAUGUAUGGUUUUUUGAAAUAUUAUUAAUACCCAGACAAAAAGCUAAUACCAGUCACUCAUUGAUAAUAAAGUAUUCGCAUUA